AUCUUUACUUUACACUUGUAUCAUUAUCUUUGAGGAAGAUGAGGUUUCUGUCUUACUUGAGUCAAGCCCUCUUGGCAUGCAUCCCCCUCACUGAAGCCCACCCAGGCAUGGGCGACACAAUGAACGAGAUGCGCUAUCUAGCCGCUCGUGAGAAGCGUCAGGCCGCCAAAGAGCUCAUCGGGGACCUCAAGACCCUCGCAGACUCCAAGCUUACAGCCAUUGGCAAAGACAUCAAAGCCAUCAUUCUUGACCAGAAGUCUGCCGAGUCAUCUACCAUUGAUGGUUCGAUUCCCGCCGGCAACAUCGGAAGUGCAGCCUGCAAAGCGGACAUGUGCUGUCACUGGAAAUGGCUGGCAUACGAAAUGACUGCGAAGUUCAACGGGACCUCCGGCCGCUGCAGCAAGUUCGCACGCCAAGCCGUACGUCUAGGAUUCCACGAUGCAGCCGUGUGGUCCAAGAGCGCCAGUUACGGCGGUGCAGAUGGCAGUAUCCUCCUCAGCGAUGAGAUGUCCCGAACAGACAACAAUGGGCUCGCCGAUAUUGCUGAUCAGACAAAGAAAUGGUACACCAAGUACAACCAAUAUGGCAUGAGCAUGGCCGACAUCAUCCAAUUUGGCGCCAACGUCGCAACCGUCGUAUGCCCCCUUGGCCCUCGCAUCCGCACCUUCGUCGGCCGCAAAGACAAUAGUAAAGCCGGGCCUACUGGCUUGCUGCCCGGCGAAAAGGACUCCGCCGACAAGCUGAUCAAGCUCUUUUCCGACAAGACAAUCGAUGCACACGACCUCGUCGCUCUGGUUGGCGCACACACGACAUCCCAGCAGCAUUUUGUCAAUACCGCGCGCUCAGGCGACCCCCAAGACUCUACUCCAGGAAUCUGGGAUAUGGCAUUCUAUCCCCAGAUAACAGGAAACCCACCAGUUCGCGUCAUCAAGUUCCAGAGCGACAUCAAUUUGAGCAAGGACUCGAGGACUAGUCCUUCGUGGACGCAGUUUAGUGAUCGCAAUACGGCGCAGGGUCGUUGGAACGUGGACUACGCCAAGGCAUACACCCGUCUCUCAGUUCUCGGUGUCAACAACAUCAAUGAUCUGAAAGAAUGCACGAAGGUCCUACCUCCGGCGCGGCCGACCUUUGUCAGUGAAGACCAGGUGCUGCUGGACAGGUGGCUGAAUGGCGAGUUCGAUCAGUUGAACGACUUGGUGGACAACGCUAUUCAGUUGACGGGUGUCAUAUCGUCGACUUAGGUCCAUAGUGCGUCGUGGAAAUGGAUGCGAGAUGCGUCGGAAUACUAAGCUUUGUUACACGUGGUGCUGUUGUUGCCGUGGCAGUUUGUGGUGCACGAUAUGCCUCUUCCCUUUUGGGUUGCAUGUUCAGUUUCAGGUUGCGGUGCGCAAAAUGACUUGAGAUGAGAUGGAUGGCGGGGUAAUCUUUCCAAUCGUGAAAUGAAAAUGCGAGCAUCGAUUAC